GAUCGAUCGUCACCAUAUAUGCCAUUUGAUCCGUCCCUUUUAGUUCUGUUAUUCUUUAGCCUAUCCUAUGUUGUCCAUCUUUACUGGACAACAACAACAGCGGCCAUAACAAAUCCCUCUCUCUCUCUCUCUCUGAUCUCGAUCUCGGUCUCCAUGACUCCAGCCUAUCUGAACUUACCAUCCUCUCUUUGCCCUCUUGCAGAGCAAAGAGAAGAUGAUCAACACCUGAAAUUCUAUAUACCUUCUAAUUAUCAAGCUUCAUCUUCUCUUUCAUGCCAUACCUUUUUUGACGGGAACAAAGAUGAAAGGGGGAUCAGUGUAGUUGAAGGGUCACAACAACAUGAUCAUCAUGAAAAGGCUCAUCAGCUCAUAGGAUCAUCAUCAUGUGAUCAUCCUCAGGCAUUUCCGUUUCCUUCCUUUCAGUCGACUGUUCUGGAUCAGGAAGAUAGUAAAAAUCCCGAUAAAUUAUCCUUAUCAUGUCAAAGAGAUCAGGAAGCUGGCCGAGAUCAUGGAAGUAAAAAUGCCGCCAUUAAUGGACCUGUACAGUGGAUGUCCUCAAAGAUGAGGUUUAUGCAAAAAAUGGUGGACCCAAAUUUUCCAGCUACAAAUAGGCCUGUGAGAAGCACGAAGAAGUUGCAAAAUAAUCAGCAGCAGCAGCACGGCAUUUUCGAAAUGAGUUCAUCACUUCACAACAGCAACAACGUCAACGCUGCUGCUGCUGCUGCUAGGGUUUGCGCCGACUGCAGCACGACCACCACCCCUCUUUGGAGGAGUGGCCCUCGAGGUCCUAAGUCACUUUGCAAUGCAUGUGGAAUUCGGCAGAGGAAGGCAAGAAGAGCCAUUGCAGAAGCUUCAGCAGCUGCUGCAAAUCAUGGCUUAGUAGUUGCCACCGACAAUAAUAUCUCAUCUUCAGUGAAGAGUAGUAGUAGUAGUAGUACAAACAGUACUAUAAAGGUGCAAAACAAGGAAAAGAAAUUGCGUACAAGCUGCCAUUUUGCACAAUACAAGCAUAAGUACUGCAAACUCAUGAGUACUACCGACGACUCUAAUAUUUCUCAUGAUCAUGAUCACAAUAUCAUGAUCGAGAGGCCGACGUCGAAGCAGCUUUCUCUCAAGGAUUUCGCUCUGAGUUUGAGAAACAAUCCAGCUUUUGAACGAGUGUUCCCAAAGGACGAGACAGAAGCAGCAAUCUUGCUAAUGGAAUUAUCUUGUGGUCUUGUUCACAGUUAAUUUAAUUACUUAAUAAUUUCUUCUUCAUCUUUUAAUUAGGAAUUUAUAAUUAGUUUAAUUUCUGCCAUUAUGUGAGAUCAUAGAGAUUAUAAUAUCUUUUGAGUAUGUUGUUAAUUAAUUACGUACCAUAAAUCAUGUGGGUUUGCUUGCAUGCA